UCCGCGGCACGGCGCAGGGCUCAGAUGUCGGGGGUGCUGGUGAUCGCUGCCUGGUGCUUCCUGCAAGUGGAGAGCCGGCAUCCUGAGAUCAUCACGAGUAACAGCAAUCAUGGCAAUUUCCUGGACAACGACAAAUGGCUAAGCACAGUUUCGCAGUACGAUAAAGACAAGUACUGGAACAAAUUCCGGGAUGAAGUUGAGGAUGAUUAUUUCAGGAACUGGAGUCCAAACAAGGCAUUUGAUCAAGCCCUUGAUCCAUCCAAAGAUCCCUGCUUGAAGGUGAAGUGCAGCCCACACAAAGUGUGUGUCACCCACGACUACGAGACCGCGAUUUGCGUGAGCCGCAAGCAGCUGGUGCACAGCCUUCGGCAAAAGAAAGGCAACUUGGCCCAGAAGCAUUGGGCUGGAGCAGCCAACACAGCAAAGUGCAAGCCCUGCCCCGUGGCCCAUGGCAGCGCUGUGUGCGGCUCCGAUGGACACACCUACACCACCAAGUGCAAGAUGGAGUUCCAUGCAUGUACUUCUGGCAAAACCAUUACAGCUCGAUGUGAAGGGCCCUGCCCCUGCCUGUCAGGACCCGAAAGUUUAAAACACAAGAUGGAAAAGACUGCUUGCACAGACAAAGAGCUGAGGAAUCUGGCUUCGAGGCUAAAAGACUGGUUCGGUGCCCUUCACGAGGAUGCGAAUCGUGUCAUCAAACCCACGAGCUCGGAGACAGCACAAGGCAGAUUUGACACCAGCAUCCUACCAAUCUGUAAGGAUUCCUUAGGCUGGAUGUUCAACAAACUUGACAUGAACUAUGACCUGCUGCUGGAUCCCUCGGAGAUCAGUGCCAUUUAUCUGGAUAAGUACGAGCCGUGUGUCAAGCCACUCUUCAACUCCUGCGACUCCUUCAAAGAUGGGAAGCUUUCCAACAACGAGUGGUGCUAUUGCUUCCAGAAGCCCGGCGGUCUUCCUUGCCAGAAUGAAAUGAAUAGAAUUCAAAAGCUAAGUAGAGGGAAGAGUCUGUUGGGUGCUUUCAUCCCCCGGUGCAAUGAGGAAGGUUAUUACAAAGCCACGCAGUGCCAUGGCAGCACGGGGCAGUGCUGGUGUGUUGAUAAGUAUGGGAAUGAGAUUGCUGGCUCCAGGAAGCAAGGCACAGUCAGCUGUGAAGAAGAGCAAGAAACCUCAGGGGAUUUUGGCAGUGGUGGAUCUGUUGUAUUGUUGGAUGAUUUGGAAGACGAACCUGAAGCAACAAAAAAAGACAAAGAAGGAAAACUGAAGAUUCAUGUAAGAGCAGCUAAUGAAGAUGAUGAAGAUGAAGAUGAUGAUAAGGAUGAUGAAAUUGGUUAUAUAUGGUAG